UCAUCUCAUUUGCAUAACAUAGUUGUGGAAACAGUCAACAUGGACGUCGAUUGUACCCAUUCGGACAGUGAUAGCUGACUUGUUUUGGAUAUUAUCUCGUGAAAUGUCGAUUUGUUGGCGUUUGGAGUACACUGGUCCUGAAGAUAUUGAAAUGUGCAAUAUGUGUGUUAAAAAAGAAUCGUCAAACAGCAUCAAAUUAACGAAUGCACAAUGUUGACAGAUACAGCUCGAGGAUAUUACUCUAAUAAUAAAUAUAACAUCUUGGAACAAGAGCACUUGACUCGUAUGAAAGAUGUAGGAUCAGAGCAUGCAAAGCAGGUUGCUGCCAGGGACCGGGCCAAGAAGCUCUCCGUGGAAACCAAUAGGAGACGCAAAGCUCUUGAAACCAAGAAGAAGCUAGAGGCACAAAGAGAGGCCAAGAGAAGACAAGAAGUGCUUGAUGAGAGACGUCAGAAGCAGAGAGAAGCUACCAAUCGAUUUCAGAGGCAGAACAAAGGCUCUGCUCGCAGGCAUCAUGACUUUUAUCAUACAGCUCCAGCUUAUCCUGGUGCCCCCCUGCAUGAUGGUGUCCACAUUGCCAGAGGUUAUCACAUGGAAUCGCCUCAAAGCCAUGGAAGUGGAACGCCUUCACUAGAUGAUGUCCUUCAGAUGGUUGGUGUUCCUUCUUCUCUGUCCCUCAAGUAUGGACAAGGCUAUUCAACCUACCAACACAAUGGAACAGUCCCAGUAUCCACAUACCCCACGACAUCAAAUUACAGUGGAGCUUAUGUAGACAAUAAUGCGAACAUCGCUGCUGGCAGUGAGUCUAGAGGGUAUACAAAACCAACACACUCUGCCCUGCAGUCGGUUGCAAAGCAGGGAAGAACAGACUCAAGAACCAGUCUGAUUGAGCAAGAAAUAGCAGAACAGCAACAGAAGCUCAUUCAGCAACAACAGAGGACUUUGCAAGAAUUCAGUCAAGCUAUUCAGAAUGAGGCUAGUAAAGGAGGUAGUGGAAGUGGCCUUCAACGGAGCGAGAGCCUGUCAAGUGUUGAUAGUUUGGAGGAACACAGAAGGGAAAGGGAAGAUUUGACGCAGAACUAUGGGACCAAACAGCAUGGGGCGUAUGACACUUCAAGUUGUGGAACUGCAGCUCCAAGUUAUGGAGUUGCCAAUGGCACACAGAUUUCCAAUAGUCACAGUGUCACACGGCAUUCAGAGAUUAAGAAAGAUCCCAGUAACUUCAGUCUGUAUCAUAAUAAUGUUUUGAUGAGAGGCAGUGAUGACAAAAAGACUCAAGAGGAACAGGACACAAAGCAGGUAACCAGGACUACUUCAAAUCCUAGGAAUAACUCAGCUUAUGAUGGCAUGCAAUUUAAUGGGGUUGCCUUUAAUGGGAUUGUGUCUACUGCCAGUGUUUCUUCUCAUAGUGUCACCAGUGGUAAAAAGAAUGGUACAGCAAUUAGUUCCCAGAAUGGUGCAACUGAAAAGAAAACUGUAAGUAAUGAAAACAAUCAAAAGAAGAGUGAUACAGCUCAGGCUUGGUCAACCUCGAAUGCCAGUAAACCUCCUAUUCAUCAACAUGUUAGUGCCCCAACAGCUAGCACAAGUCAAAGGUCUAGGCCAUAUUCAGCAAGGACAACUGCUACUGCAGUUACUGUUGCACCAGCAGUAUCAUAUGCAACAAGAACUCAAGGAGCUGAACCGCAGCAUUCAAAUGCUUCAGCGGUUACUGCAAUAAGAGCGAAUGAUGGUUACAGAGGAGUCGGUCCUGGGAUGCCAUAUCCUCCUCAGGAUAGAAGGUUUGAGGAAACUCCUCAACAAAUGAUGGCACCAGAGGACUAUAGAGCAGAAGAAGAGGAAGAACCUGAAGCUGUGUCACCACCGAAGAGUAUCUUAAAAUGGCACAAGAGUGAGACCCCUACCAAGGACCGUAAAGCAAAAGGACUGGCAGCUGCAAUCAUGAAGGAUAGUCUGGACAUUGGCAAACUGAGCGGAAUCAAGUCACCUAAGAAAGGCGUCCGCUGGACAGACUUGACCUACAGUGAUGAUGAGAGUGUAGAGAUGCAAGCGACAACGGAAAACAUGGCACCUGCUCGCAAGCCAAGGAUGAUAUCAAGUGUUGAUGCAAGGACUGUACAUGAAAGGUUAGGUGGUAAGACAGAGAAUGUUGUUACUGCCAUUCCACCUAGGCCAAAGUCUGGAAAUGCAAAUAGUGCAAAAGGUAAAAGUAGCAUGCAGGUAAAGAAUAAUCGCUUUCCGAAUAGCCAAAAUAGCAAACAGGUCGUAAGCGAUAAAGACAAAGUGGUUGCUAACAAGGCACCUGUCAUUCAGAAUGGAAUACGAUUAGACAAGACACCCACAGACGAUGAAAUCAACUGGUUGUGGGAUAAGGUUAGAACUUGCUUGCAUACGCGGGAAGAAGGAGCAGAUCUGAAGAAUGGCCCUGUGACACAGACACCCAACACAAGGCAGUCAUCUAGUGCAAACCAACCCCAGGAACAGAGAAUAACGGCCAACCUACGAGUGGCUCCACCAUCUAACAAGCCGCGCUUCAGCCAGUAUAAUGAUACUCUCAGAAGGCAAGUCAUUGUCCCUCGUUACAGGACUAACAGUGAUUCUGGAACCCAUGUCCAGCAGACGCCUGUAUCUCAGCAACGUCGCCCUCAUGUGAGGAGCUCCAGCGCAUCAAGGGCUAAUGGACAGCGAGGACCAGAGCUAAGCCAACAGGGACCAGGAAGAUCUGCUACUGUAGCCCAGCAAUAUAAUAAUGCAGACAUCACAGAAAGUUUGAUGACCUUCCAGCAGGCAGAGCAGAUGGUACAGCAGAAUGCAGACGAUUCAGAUAUCGUAGCCAUGUUGGAUCAGCAGAGACCCCAUCAUCAGGCUCAUCAUGAGCAGAAAAUACAUCCGAGUGCACUUUCCAUGGAGGAGGCCAAGGUAUUGGAGUCCUUAGAUCGGCUGAAUGCAAGACUUAAGACUGUCACUGCUGACAUGAAUGGAUCCUUCAAUCCCAUCUACCCUGUAAUGCCACCCAGACCGCCACAACAUACAACCCUCAAAGAAGACUUAGAUGAUGUAAAUACUCCAGGGUUCAGAGGUCACCGUCCUGUGAGUUCACGACCCGGUGCAAAUGGGGUCACGAGACCAGCAAGUCACAGAUCGAGGGCCCAGUCUGCUGACAGGAGUAGUGUGAGGAUGGGGCAUCACAGAUGAGCAGACUUACCUACCUAGAGGAAUGUAAACUCAAAAGCUCUACCAGUGAUGGAGGUCGGAUGGAUCAUCUAGCUCUUCUAGUUUCUAGUGGUAUCCUAGCUGGUGCUGAUUUACAGGGCCUUGAUCGUGCUUGCUACCUUCCCAUUAAUGGUUAGCUACCCAUUCAGAGUCACCUAUGGGAAGCUCUGACUCUACCAAGUCUCUAUCGGUAGUGUAGACCAGAAAGGGUCAUCAGAGUCUGUGACAAUGUUGCUUCGCUCACAAAUUCCAUCUUGCUGAGCCAGGCUCCCAUCCAUUACAUUGAAUCCCUUUGGCUGUCCAAGCUCCAUAUACACCUACAUAAGGCUUACAUGGUCGGCGACUCCCUCCACCCCUCCCCUUUUAGCUCUCUUCAAAAGCUGAUGAUAUAAUGUGUAAGGUUCUACACAUGAAUGUCAGUAUAGCUCCAGUGUACUUCAUCUUCUUCAUCUCCAUUUCUAAGAUGAGAGAAGGUAGAGUAUUCGGGGCCCGGGCCGGUUUUCAAUUCAAUACUUAAGUUUG